AUGCCUCAGAAAGCGCUCAAAGUAACCAAGAAGUCGAAGGACCCUAGAAGGGUCACAAAGAAGCAGAAAAACCUCCGGAAGGCCGCGCCACUGCAGAUCAAAAGCAGGAAAAAGUCGCUGGCACAUUUGAAGAAACUGUCCAAGGCUUCCUCUCUCACGGAAACCACCGAAAAGCUCAUAUCCAGCAGAGUGGGCCAUCUGGAGCUUCUGAAGGGAACCCGUAAGGAACUGGAGAAGCAAAAGAAGAAGGAUACCAAGUAG